GGCGGCGCCCGGUGCACCGGUCCACAUCCUCCUUCUGCUCAGCCUUUAAUUAUAGGUUUGCGGGACCAUGGACAAGCCGGGGCUCACGGCCUCUCUGGUGGCUGGUGGAGUAGCAGGUGUCUCUGUUGACUUGAUAUUAUUUCCUCUGGAUACCAUUAAAACCAGGCUGCAGAGUCCCCAAGGAUUUAAUAAGGCUGGUGGUUUUCGUGGAAUAUAUGCUGGCGUUCCUUCUGCUGCUAUUGGAUCCUUUCCUAAUGCUGCUGCAUUUUUUCUCACCUAUGAAUAUGUGAAAUGGUUUUUGCACACUGAUUCAGCUUCCUGUUUCGUGCCUGUGAAGCACAUGUUGGCUGCCUCUGCUGGAGAAGUGGUAAGUAACAAGUUACGUGAAUAAAUAUUUCAGAAAUGCAAAUCGUGCAUGU